ACGAAAGUUAUAAAAACAGAAAUCGAACUUCCUUUCUUUCUUUCUUCCCAAAACUGUAUUAUGAAGUAGAAAAACAACGUUAGAACAAUCAUGGCACAUUUUACUGGUGAUUGGACGCCGCUUGGCGAGGUUUUCUUCAGGAAACUUGAGUUAUAUAGCAUGGGAUGGUCUGUGGACUUGAAGUACUUCACUGUAGCUGCAGCAUCCUAUGGUGGACCAAUUGCUUUAAUGCCAAAUAACACAAGCUCUGUGAUGACAAAACCCAUCAUCAAUUUGUAUUCAUCAUCAGGGAAAGAGUUAGCAACAUUCAGAUGGGAUGGUGGACCUAUUGUACAACUUGACUGGUCUGCUAAGGAAGAGCUAUUAUGUAUAUCAAUGGAUGGUAGUGUCUCAGUGUAUGAUAUACAUGGUGUAUAUCAAAGGACAUUCAGUAUGGGACAGGAUGCCAAAGAAUCCAAAGUCAUAGAUAGCAAGACAUUCCGUAGUUCUGGUGGUACUGGUAUUGCAAUUCUGACUGGAAAUUACCAUUUCUUUGCCAUAAACAAUGUGGAUGAUGUUAGAAGCAGAAAGUUUGUUGAUCCUCCCAACUUAAGUGCGCCCCCAACAAGUUGGAUUAUUAUACCAGAGGACAGAGGAUCACAGGCGCUUGUUGCUAUUGAUAGUCAGCUUUACUUGAUUGACACUGGACAGUGUGUUCAGCUGUAUCCGUCGUUCAAAGAGGUAGUUACUUCCAUUGUUGAGAUGGCGCUCUCUAGCAGUGGUACCCUUCUGACGAUGUUUACAGACACUGGACUUGUAUGGAUAGGAACACGUGAUGUCCAGAAAGUGUACUGUGAGGUCAACACUCAGUGUUUGUCAAGACCAAAACAACUUGCAUGGUGUAGUAAUGCAGCUGUGGUUUGUUACUGGGAUGAUUAUCUUGAUGUUAUUGGCCCAACCACUGAUGUAACUAAAUAUGUAAUGGAUAGUGAUGUGUGCCUUGUACAAGAAAUUGAUGGUGUACGUGUUAUUGGCAAUGAAACUCAUGAACUAUUGCAGAAAGUACCACCAUCAGUAGAAAAUGUGUUCAAGAUUGGUUCAGUCAAUCCUGGUGCAAUGUUGUAUGAUGCUGCUAAGGAGUUUGAGAAAAAAAGUGCCCGUGCUGAUGAGUAUGUAAGACUGAUUAAAGAUGAACUGACAAAAGCAGUAGAACAAUGUAUUCAGGCAGCUGGAGCAGAGUUUGAACCUUCUGUACAAAGGGGACUUCUUAGGGCUGCAUCGCUAGGGAAGAGUUUCUUGACAGAUUUCUCUCCUAAACCAUUUGUGACUAUGUGCCAAAGUCUGCGAGUGCUGAAUGCUGUUCGAGAAUAUACAAUAGGAAUACCUUUAACAUUCGCACAAUUGCAGCAGAUGUCAAUACCAGUCUUGAUUGACAGGCUAGUUCUUCGUCGACAUUAUUGUUUAGCCAUUAGAAUUUGCGAUUAUCUCAAGAUUCCUAAAGCUGAAGGAGCAAGUCGUAUUCUUGGCCAUUGGGCGUGUUAUAAGGUCCAACAGACGAACGUAGAUGAUGAAGAGAUUGCCUGUGCAAUUAAUGCAAAAUUGGGAGAAAGUACCGGUAUUUCAUACACUGAGAUUGCUUCUAAAGCAUUAGAAUGCGGAAGGACAUUUCUAGCAAUAAGGUUAUUAGAUUAUGAACCAAAAGCCGCUGACCAAGUACCCUUGUUGAUGAGAAUGAAGAAAGAUGAUUUGGCUUUAGAGAAAGCCAUUCUGAGUGGUGACACUGAUCUUAUUUAUACAGUUGUAAUGCAUUUAAAAGAUACACUUCCAUUGGGAGAAUUCUUGCGUGCUAUACGUCACCUACCUGAUGCCCAAAGUCUGUUUACAAAGUACUGUAAAGAACAUGAUCGUCGUAGCUUAGUUGAUCUCUACUAUCAAGAAGAUAACUUCCUAAACAGUGGCAAUGUAUAUUUACGAGAUAGUUUCAACGAAACGACUUUGGAGUCUCGCAAAAAGACUCUAGAAACAGCGCAGUUGUCUUAUACACAGGGAAACUGCACCUUUUACUCCAAGUGUACUGAUGAAUUCAUUAAACUCCUCGACUAUCAAAACAGACUAGAAAACGAACAGAGAAAACCGUUUGUAGAUUUGUCGCUUAGUGACACAAUAUCCCAGUGUAUCAGAUUGAGAAACUUCAAAGCGGCUGAUCAACUCAAGAAAGAGUUUAAAGUACCCGAUAAAAGGUUUCACUGGCUUAAAGUACGCGCUCUGGCUGAAAGCAUGGACUGGAUAGAACUCGACAAGUUUGCAAAAUCGAAGAGAUCGCCGAUAGGUUACGAACCAUUCGUGGAUGCAUGCCUUGAAGCUAAUAAUAGACUGGAAGCAGAGAAAUACCUGCCACGCGUGCAGCCGGAAAACAAAGUAUUGUACCACGUAAAAUUAGGUAAACUAGAGGAAGCAGCUGGCAUAGCGGCAAAUCAAAAUAACGAAGAGUUACUGGAAUUUGUGUUGAAGAAAUGCGAAAAUAACCCACCGCUGUAUAACAAAGUACAGAAUAUGAUCUUGCAAAAGUCGUGAAAACAUAGUUUUAUAAGAAAAAUGAAGCAAUAGGCCGUUUGCAUUAUGACAUAACUUUACUACAACUACCAGAGAGCCUUGCGCAUUUUCAUUGUUAUUCAAUUUUUUAAUCCUCUUGGAGAUUAAUAAAACAAUUGGCACUAAUUGCAUUACAAAAGAAAGUUGCCAAAGCAUUCUGGUAGUUGUAGUAAAUGACGGCAUAAUGCAUAUCGCCUAUUUUGAAUACACAACAAGAUGUAUAAGCAGAAUUGAUACAUUUAACAAUGCAAUGUUUAUUAAAAACAGUUCAGCAUCUUGGUAAUAAAAAAACAUUUCUAAAAAA